UGUGUGUGAGAGAGCGAGCGAGCGUGUAUGUUCUCAUUAGGGGACGAUCUAUGAUUUGACAGCCUCACUGCUGCUGCUCCUGCUGCUGCUUCUGCUUCUGCUGCGGCUGUAUGGUCUGUCAUUACUUGAAAAGGGCUGUGAGGGUUUGGAGAAACUGCAGUUUUAAAAACUGAGCCCUGCUAAGUGAUCUCCUUGUCAAAUAGAGUAGACGAGAUUUUCUGCGAGAUUAGAAACUUGGACCUAUUACUACUUCAUCUACCCAGAAAAGCAGGCAGUGCUACACAGGAUAAGGGGGCUGGAACUGCUGCAAUGAAGGUGGGCACUGGAAAGAAGAUGUUUUAAGAAGUCAGUGUUUCCGAGAAACUUUAACCCACAAAAGAUGGAAAACGAGACAGUCAGUGAACUGAACCAAACACAGCUUCAGCCACGAGCAGUAGUGGCCUUAGAAUACCAGGUGGUCACCAUCUUACUGAUGCUCAUUAUUUGUGGCCUGGGGAUUGUGGGUAACAUCAUGGUAGUCCUCGUUGUCAUGAGAACCAAGCACAUGAGAACCCCCACAAACUGCUACUUGGUGAGCCUGGCAGUAGCUGAUCUCAUGGUCUUGGUGGCCGCAGGCCUCCCCAAUAUAACAGACAGUAUCUAUGGUUCCUGGGUCUAUGGCUAUGUUGGAUGCCUCUGCAUUACUUACCUCCAGUAUUUGGGAAUUAAUGCAUCCUCUUGUUCAAUAACAGCCUUUACCAUUGAGAGGUACAUAGCAAUCUGUCACCCCAUCAAAGCCCAGUUUCUCUGCACGUUUUCCAGAGCCAAAAAGAUUAUCAUCUUUGUCUGGGCGUUCACAUCUAUUUACUGUAUGCUCUGGUUCUUCUUGCUGGAUCUCAAUAUUAGCACCUACAAAGAUGCUAUUGUGAUAUCCUGUGGCUACAAGAUCUCCAGGAAUUACUACUCACCUAUUUACCUAAUGGACUUUGGUGUCUUUUAUGUUGUGCCAAUGAUCCUGGCUACCGUCCUCUAUGGAUUCAUAGCUAGAAUCCUUUUCUUAAAUCCCAUUCCUUCAGAUCCUAAAGAAAACUCUAAGACAUGGAAAAAUGACUCAACCCAUCAGAACACAAAUUUGAAUUUAAAUACCUCUAAUAGAUGUUUCAACAGCACAGUAUCUUCAAGGAAGCAGGUUACCAAGAUGCUGGCAGUGGUUGUAAUUCUGUUUGCCCUUCUAUGGAUGCCCUACAGGACUCUUGUGGUUGUCAACUCAUUUCUCUCCACUCCUUUCCAAGAAAAUUGGUUCUUGCUCUUUUGCAGAAUUUGCAUUUAUCUCAACAGUGCCAUCAAUCCAGUGAUUUACAAUCUAAUGUCCCAGAAAUUCCGUGCAGCCUUCAGAAAGCUCUGCAACUGCAAGCAGAAACCAACAGAGAAACCUGCUAACUACACUGUGGCCCUAAAUUACAGUGUCAUCAAGGAGUCAGACCAUUUCAGCACAGAGCUUGAUGACAUCACUGUCACUGACACUUACCUGUCUGCCACAAAAGUAUCUUUUGAUGACACCUGCUUGGCUUCUGAGGUAUCCUUUAGUCAAAGUUGAUUCAUGAAUUAGAGGAAAACGGACCACAAAGAAAAUGAGAAUCUGUGCAGUAAUCAACAAAAGGGAGAAUAUGGCCAAUAGUUGUAUGUGAAGACAGAGCAGAUCAGUCUUUGUCAAUGCUCUAACAAGUCCUGGCCCUAGAUACUUUAAGGAGGAUAAUUCAGACUUUCCUUCUUUCAAACUAGUACCACAAAAAAUGAAGCUGAUCUGAGAAAUAGCCAAAUGAUUAAAAACUGAAAGUUUAGCCCUUUUUGUUUAACUUAAGAAAUUUACUAUAUUUUCUGGGCUUAUAGAGUUUCAGUAAAAUCUAGACAGCAAUUUACAUUAUUCAUAAUAACCUUAUCAAAUGUCACUUUUCAACCACCUAAGUUAUUUAUGCAUUCAAUAAUUUGACAACAUGCAGAUUUUUAAAUGUUUGCAUUUAGUAUUUCCUUUUAAUAUUGUGCAGUGCUAGCUUGUGAAUAUCUGAAAUUUAAGGGAAAAUAUUAUAGAAAACAUUUUAUUUAUUGAGUAAAAAUAAGAUUUUAGACAUACAUGUUCACUGUAUUUUAAAAAUUGUCAUAAUGUUUGUAAAAUUCUGAGAUGAUUUUUAUAUCUUAGAAGGCAGAUAACCAUCACUCAACUUUAAUGUUAAAUAAACCUCAAAGUAUCCAAAACUAUUAAUUAAAGAGAAAUGUAGAUUUUAAGAUAAAUCCAACUCUUAUCAACUCUUCCAGCCUCCUACAUGAUAGAUGGAACAAGGUAAAAACCCAGAUUAAGUAACUGGGAAGAUACAAACUAACAUACGAUUAAUUUUGAAAAGUAUAGCCAAGACAAAAGCAAGUAUUUAUAAUAAAGUUUUGCUUCUUCUUUGAAGCUUUUAAGCAAGAAAAUCUUUUUGAACAUUCUUGUUUAUAAACUACUGAGCCAUCCUUCAAGCAAAAUCUAGCUUAAAAGUCUGAAACAUUUGUAAAAGCUUCAUUGUUACUCUAAAUUAGCCAAAAUCCUGGUAUCCCCAUUCCAGAUGAAGACUUCCCGCUGAGAACUGUAGUCUAUGGAUUUUUACCUUGGUUGCAAUUGUCUUUUGUUCCUAACUGCUUGUCGUUUAUAGGUUCUUUUCUUGUUUUUUCUCAGACGUUAGUGUUAUUUUGUUUACAGAUUCUCAAUCAAAGCAAUGCAAAAUUCUGUUGGCUUUAUUUUCAGUAGAGUUAAAACUGAUUUCAUCAUAUUAUCAAUUUCUCACUUUUAUAUUUAUGACUGAGAUCUGCUAAUGCAGUGAUUAUUAGAGACUUGUGAAUGAAUCUGUCCAGGACAUUUGUCAUUUCCUACCUGAAUCUCUUACCUACUGAGAUUUGCCAACCGGAAUCUUCAAGGGUAGAAAUUGCCCUUAGUAAUGGUUCGAUAGUCAUUGAUUUUUAAUGACUAGAUGAUCAAAAAGUACCCAUACGUUUACAUGCCCCAUAGCCUGGCAUUUUCCCUCUCCAGUCUAUAUCCCUAUUUUAUGGACUUUUCUAGAACGUAGUUGCUAAUGAUAAUUAGGCCUACCCACCUUCUUAAUGAAGAAUAUGCCAUUCUACUUUCAAAACUUGUUUUUAAAUGCUGUUUCAUGGAGACUCUACUAUCCAGAACCUCAUUCUAGAAUAUGCUUUUUUGAAAAUUGUCUUCAUUUACUCCACCAAGAUAUUUUUAUCCUGUUGCUAUAGUAGUAAACAAAUGCAAGCCAAUAUUUGCAGGAAAUACCCUAAAAUUCCACCUGCAUUACAGUAAGCAAUCUAUGUCAACUGACUUUUCAUUCUGGUAUAAAUAUUAAUCUUGGCACUGUAUAAAUAGAGCACCAGAGGGACCCAACCCCAAAUCACACAAGCAUAUGCAUGUUUAUAAACACAUACCCACAUGUUCAUAAAAUGGAGAAAAAGGGAUCGGAAUAUAUGAGAUUUUUUUUCAUUACAGAAAGAAACUAAUAUGAUUGAGCAUCUACUAUGUGUCAGGUAUGCUGGUAGAGUCAAUCAACAUUAUCUUCAUCACAAUUUCACUACAGCUGUGAUUUCUCUGAUGAUAAGACCAGUUUUCCUGUAACCUAAUUCCUAAUUGAUAAAAAUUUAUGGAUUUUGCAGAAUGAUUAUAUCAGGUGUUAAAAACUACAAUUAAUUUAACACGAUAUACAUGGAAUACAAAGAUGCUCUUCUCAUCUUUGGAUAUUUAAUGUAUGAACUGACUUCUUUUACUUGAAUUUUUAAAAAGUUAUUUGCCAAUAAUCUAUUAGUUUUAGAGCACAUGGGAAAUUCAUAAGAACUCAGUUUGUAGUGUUUUAACUCUAAAGCAAACGCCAUUAUAAAAUUAAAAGUUUCUAUGUAAUGUCCAAUAGAUAUUUGAAUUUACCCGGAAGAGACAUAACUUUUUAAAAUAUUCUUUACCACACUGUACUCAAUUAUGAAAUAUUUCCAUAAAUAAUCAAAACAAUAUACCACCAAAUGAGAAACAAAGAGCUAGAUGAAAAUUUGCUGGUGAAAUGAAGUAAUGUUAUAAAGAGCCUUCCUUAAUAAAAAUUUCCUGUCUUAUUUUAUUACUUCCAAUUUCAUUAAUUGCUGAAUGUCACUGGUUAGAUCUUAUACUUGAGGUAAUUGGGUAAAGGGCACCAAUCAUGAAUAAAAUGAACAAACAUAAAUUCCCCUCAGGACUUAAGGGAUGUGAGUAUAUUUCGAGACCUUAACAAACAAGGCAGAUAUUCUAAAUGCUGAAGAAAAAUAAGACAAGUCCAGACUCUAUAGUUAUUCUUAAACAAAUUCAAUGUACAGAACAAUAAACCUUGAUAAUACACAGAAAUAAAUGACUGAUUUGGCUGAACAACUGGCAAUGUCAAAGGAAAAGCUGCAGCCAUAAAACUUAGCAUAGUGCCACUAAGUCUUAAUGGAUAUUUGAAACGUUUCAUUUUCAGAAGACUACAUUGGAAUAAUAAGAACAAUAUGUCUUAGUAAAAGCUGGGUCAACAUAGUUUUGGCUGGCUUUUAAAGAGUAAAAGAGUUUAUGUCCUUUUAAACUAUGUUAAAUCUCUAAACAUGAUAAAAAGAGAAAACAACUUUCUGAAGAAAAUAUUUUAUGUGGUUAACCCAUCAAUCUUUGAAUUCUAUAAAUAUUAUAUUUAAUAUCUUUACUUCUCAAUUGCAAUUAAAACACGGGUUGGAAUUUUUGUGUAUGAAAUAGGGCAACUCAAUGUGAAUUAUUAUACACUAGUCAGUUCCAGAGUCAACAAAAAUGUUUUCAAAUGUUUUAAGUCACUCAGUAAACAUGAAUAUCCCCAGCAAUUUAUUUCCUAUGCAUCCAUAGCCGUCUACAAUAAACAGCCAUCAAAACCAAGAUCUGAUUGAGUGAACAUAAGCUUUCAGAAUAAUACACACAAAGAAAUCUUACAGAGCUCGGUGGUCAUAAGUAUUUUUCUCUCUCUUCUCUCUUCCCCAUCAAACUUUCAUCAUUCCACAAUCAUCAUUUUCCUCAUAGCAGAAAGAUUCAUCUAAGUUCAUUCAAGACUAAACCUGGACAUGAAAUAUCUUAAGUACGAGUGUUCUUUCAAAUGUAUUUAUGUAUAAAAAUAUGUGGUUGUGGCGGGGCGCGGUGGCUCACUCCUGUAAUCCCAGCACUUUGGGAGGCCGAAGGGGGUGGAUCACGAGGUCAAGAGAUCGAGACCAUCCUGGUCAACAUGGUGAAACCCCGUCUCUACUAAAAAUACAAAAAAUUAGCUGGGCAUGGUGGCGCGUGCCUGUAGUCCCAGCCACUCAGGAGGCUGAGGCAGGAGAAUUGCCUGAACCCAGGAGGCGAAGGGUGCGGUGAACCGAGAUCGCACCAUUGCACUCCAGCCUGGGUAACAAGAGCAAAACUCCAUCUCAAAAAAAAAAAAAAAAAAAAAAAAAGUGGCUGUUAUGCAAACUUUCAUUUUCAUGAAAUCACUUUUAAACAUUGAAAAACUGAUGUCUUAAAAAUAGAGUUCUAUUUAUGUCCUCAUUUACAUGCGAGGGAUCAUGUAUAGAGUUGAGAAGUUUAAUAUGGCUCUUUCCCUUAUAGAACAAAGUACAAGUUUGGCAUUUUAGAGGUUUCUUUCAGAAACUAAUCAAAGAAUACUCAAUAUGUGCAAAAUUGCUGCAGAAAUUUGUUUCGGCAGACAAAAGGCUCUUCUCAUUCUUAUGAAGCUCGUAAUCCUACAAGAAAAACAAGACCAACAUGACAUCACCUCAAGAUAUAACUGUUUGGCAAUAUUUAGAAUACAUAUCUGAGAUGUCAGAAAUCUGAUUUUAAAGAAGCAUUUGUUAAUGGUUCAUUUGAAAUCUCAUAAGAUGACUUUUAAUAUAAUGAUCAAUUUUACAUAUUCUCAUUCUACUUUAUGGACUCUAAUUAGAAGUAUCUGUAAACUUAAUUCUUCACUGAUUACACAGGAAACUAAGGUCAGCUAAGACCCUGUAAUAUUUUUCUGAUAUGUUCAGCCUAUCAGUAUAAUCUCAUCGCUCAGCAGCAAACCUCAUUUACAGGGGUUGCACAUUGGAGAAUGAUUUUGUUACUGACAUGGUUAGCACCAAAUGAUGACAAUGCUGACAUAAACUAAAUCUACAGGAUUCUGGUUCUAAUAUUCAAAUACAGUAGUCCUCCAUAUCCUCUGGGGAUCCAUUCCAAGACCCCUAGUGGAUGCCUGAAACUGUGGAUAGUACCAAACUCUGUAUAUACUGUUUUUUUGAUCUGAUAGCCAAGAUGUCUACUAAAUGACCAGCAGCAGGCAGGCUGUGUGCAGAGCAUGAAUACACUGGACAAAAAGAGGAUUCACGUUUUGGGUGGGAUGCUGCUGCAUGGCGCAAGAUUUUAUCAUGACACUCAAUGUCUCUCAAUUUAAAACUUAUACAUUAUUUAUUUCUGGAACUUUACAUGUAAUAUUUUUGUGUAGAGGUUGACUGCAGGUAACUGAAACUACAGAAAACGAAACGAAACUGUGUCUAAGGGCUGACUAUUGUAACCUGUUUAGACAAAAGGGAUCAUGAAUGUUUGUGUACAAUGUCGUUGGGCCUAUUUACAUUCUUCUACAGUAAGCACAUUCAUGAUAAAGCCAAUAUGAGGUUAUUAAUUCAUAUUUUAGAAAUGACAUCUGGAAAAAUAAAAGAGCUAAAUGAAUUAGUACAGCUAGGACAGUACAUUGUCCCAAAUGUUCAAAUCUGGAUCCAGCAAGGUAACAAAGGAUAGUUUUAAUGGCCAAUAAACAGUCAAUUCACACUGCUUUCCUGCCUGGCCUCAAUGAAGAAGCAUCUGGCUUAAAUCCAUGCUACAGAUCUCAACUGGAAUAAUGGAAAUAAAAGUACUUCAUAAAUUAUAAACGUUAAAAAGUCAGGUUAAACAGUGGAGUCAGCUGGAGCUCCUUCAGUGUAUCUGAGUCCUGAAACAGCAUGUGUAAGUGGUUAGUUCAUUCCUUACAGAAUAAUGAACUUAAUUCUUGUGCAUUAGGUUGUUCUCUGACUUCCAAACAAGAGAGAGUAUGAACUUCCUCAAAAAUGGUGUGACUGAUAGUGACAAUGAUGGAGGCUUUUCAGAAAAAAAGGAAUAAAUACAAGGUAGCAGAAUAAGGCUCCAUCUAACCAGAGAUCUGAAUUCAGAAGUCAAUAGGAACAUAAUAUUUCUGAAAUGGUACAAGAUGCCCUAGUAAGGAGACCAAAUAUUUAAUCCCUAGCCAAGAAUAGUGAAACAUUUCUGCUUUUAUAUAUAUAAGAGUUACCUGGGAGCUUAUCUUAAAAUGCACUUUCUUUUGGUCUUGGCCUAAGAAAUUCUCAUUUAUUAGAUGAUUUUGAUGCCUAUUGUCUUCUGAGCAUAUCUUGAAAACCCCUGAGUUCAGGGCCUUCAGAGCCUUCAAGCUCACAUAAUCCUUAAUAAGCAACUCAACGGAAAAAUCCUUGAGAGUAAGUCUAUUUCAUCUUUGUAUUUCACAAAUUAUCUAAACUACUUUUUAGUUAAUUAUUUAUUACCUAUUGGAUGAUGUCCCUAAAUAUCUGUAAAAUGAAUUAGUAAAUCAAUCCCAAGCUCAGAAAUAUAUUCUAAAUUGGGUAUUGAUAAUACCCAAUUUGUCUAUAGAUACAUCUUCACAAUCAGAUAACUCACUGUGCUUGUUUUGUAUUUAAAACACAAAACAAGCAGAGUGAGUUAUCUGGCUCAUUGAAAGGCACUGCAUGAAGUGUGCCAGAUGAUGGUCAGAACAAUCCCUAUGUAUGUAACAUGCAUGACAAUUUCAGUGGUACUCUCAUGUCCACCAUCCACUUUAAUAAUGAGAAAAAGGAAAUCUAAAACAUUUUCUCUGCUUUCAAGGAGAUUACAAUUUAGUGACAACGUAUUAACACAGAAACAUGCUAGAAGAAAAAGGAACACAUAAUUGGAAGCCAAAUUGUGUGAUUUCAGACUACACACAGCUGAGUUUUUCAGAGGAAAGGGGGCAUCCAUGGGGCUUGGAGUCAUUAAGGAGGGCUUUGUAAAGAAGGUAGGACUUCCUUCAAGGAUAGAUUUGAUUUAGAUAGUUAAAGAAAAGAUGAUCCAUGUGAGAAAAAAUAAGAUGAGUAAAGGAAAAGAGACAUACAUAAAUCUUAAAGCAAGGCUCUUGAUAUUAAGAAUGUGUAUCCAGAGCAAAUACAACUCAUCAGGGAUUGAUUAAGGAAGGCAGUUAGUCCAAAAAAGGAAAGAAAAAAAAGAUAAAGGAAGUAAGGGGACCAACCUGUGCUUAUAUUUGGUGAGAAAAUGUUCACUCAUACACAAGAAUAUAAAGUAGAAAUGUAUAUAAAUCUGCUAUGUCUGCUUUCUAAACUUUGUGAAUUUCAUUUAUUAUCUAGAAAAUACAGCAUGUCUUAUGUUACAAUUCUAAAAGUAUUCUUAUUGUCCUAAUUGUCCAAGUGAAAAAUAUGUGUGUAUAUAUUUAUCUUUUUUUCUAUAUUAUAUUAUCAUCAUAUACUUAAAAAUAUUUACAUUUGUGUAUAUUAUUCGGGGGUACUGACUGACUCUGGCUUUAUCCAAUUAUGCUACACAUAGAGAUCAGAGCUAGCUCAGGGACCUAGGCCCUUCUGAACGGAAACUUCAACAUUACACAUGAAACUGAGAAACAUGUAGUAAUUUGCUUAAGACUACUAUGACAAUAUUGUUGACUUGCAUGUUGCUUAUGCCAUGCCUUGGAGUGUUCUGGCUUCCUUCUAUCAGCUUUAGAAAGUUGUAUGCUGACUUAUUUCAUCAUUUUGGCAGUUAAUCAUUGUGUCCUUGUGGGGCAAACACUCUUUUUUAAUAAAGUUCAGUAUUAUGUGCUUUAUUGUGAGAAACUGUGUGUCUGUUCCAAUAUUGUAUGGUGAGCAAUA